CGCCGCCGAGGGCGCCCAGAGGCGACAAGUGGCUCGGGACUCGCAGAGCCCGGCACUCGAGCUAGAGAGAGGCAGAGAGAGGACAGGCGGAGGCUCGGGAGCGCGAGCGCCAUGGGGCUGGAGACGGCGCGCGAGCUGGAGGGCGCGGCGCUGGGCGCGCUGCUGCGGGAGCCGCGGGAGGCCGAGCGCACGCUGAGGCUUCGAUGGCUUCCAGGCCUGCUGUCCGGAUCUGUGCUCCGAGGGUCCCGCCCCGGUGCUGCCCCCUACAGGGACCGAAAGCAGCAGCUCUGACCUCAGGGUUCCCGUCUAUGACCAGGGCGGCCCCGUGGAGAUCUUGCCCUUCCUGUACCUGGGCAGCUGCAGCCACUCCUCGGACCUGCAGGGCCUGCGGGCCUGCGGCAUCACGGCCGUCCUCAAUGUGUCGGCCAGCUGCCCCAACCACUUCGAGGGCCUGCUCCGCUACAAGAGCAUCCCGGUGGAGGACAACCAGAUGGUGGAGAUCAGCGCCUGGUUCCAGGAGGCCAUCAGCUUCAUCGACUCGGUGAAGAGCAGCGGAGGCCGGGUGCUGGUACAUUGCCAAGCGGGCAUCUCACGCUCCGCCACCAUCUGCCUGGCAUACCUGAUCCAGAGCCGCCGGGUGCGGCUGGACGAGGCCUUCGACUUCGUGAAGCAGCGCCGGGGAGUCAUCUCCCCCAACUUCAGCUUCAUGGGGCAGCUGCUGCAGUUCGAGACGCAAGUGCUGUGUCACUGAGGCAGGGCAUCUGCCAGCCCCGUACUGCCAGGCUCUGCUGGCGCCUGGGGGGCCCAGGGGUGGACAUGUGGGGGCCCCUAUGGCCAAGUGCAUCCCUCAACUAUGGUGGGGGGCUGCUGCCUCCUUUGAGCCUGAAAAGCCCCCAGGUGGGGACACUAGGAAUGCAAGGAUGCUGGCCUUUGUGACUGGGUGCUCUUCUGCGGGGGAUUUAAGGGCUGGCCCUUAUUCAGGGGACAAGGACAGAGGGCUCAUCUCUCUCCAGCCCCUCCUCGGCAGGCAGAAAUUAACUGGACUCUACACACUGGGCUCUGUGGUCCAUGGCCAGGUUGAAGCCAGAGAGCCCGAAGGAACAAGCUGUGACAGCCGGGAGCCCCACGGGGGCGUCCUGGAGCCCGAGCCCUGUGCUCCUGAAGGAGCUGGGAACUCGGAAGUGACGUGUGUGCCACAUAAAAGACCUCUUGCUUGCGUGUGUGCGUGAGCGUUUCUCGCCUGUGUUGGCGCCAGAAAGUUAUUUGUGUCCAACUGACAUUUAACACUCCCUCCCCCACUUCCUCCCGCCCCGUGGGCAGGGGUUGGAAACUUCGCACUUUAUAUUUAUACAGAACAUGGGGGGGUUCAAUAAAAUAUUUGUUUUAUUUAAAAAACAA